CAAGUUGAGAACGCCCAAAAGGAGGUUGCUAGGGUUUCUGCAACUGCAGCGUAAUGGGGAAGGGAAUAGGAAGCUUUGGUAAGAGGAGGAACAAGAUCCACACACUAUGUGUGAGGUGUGGAAGACGGAGUUUCCAUCUCCAAAAGAGCCGUUGCUCUGCUUGUGCUUACCCUGCUGCCCGUAAAAGGACAUACAAUUGGAGUGUGAAGGCAAUUCGCAGAAAGAUAACUGCAAUUGGCUGCAUGAUUCGUAACGUCCCUCACAAGUUCAAGACCAAUUUCAGAAGGUACUGAAGCAGCUCCAAGAAA